AUGGCCGAUGACGAGCCGUCCAAGAACAUGCACACGCCCAGCAAGCGCAAGAAGAAGCAGGAAGACGAGGUCUCGGUCGGCGGCUCUGAGACGACGGCGGCCACCUCGGUGCCAGAUGACGACGACACGGAGGCCACGGCUUCGGUCGACGACGGUCUUCCUCAUCCCAGGAAGCCCUUCGAAACGAGACGCGAGUUCUUCGUGCGGACGUCCAACGAGUGGCAGGAGGUCCUCAUGACGCAGCUUCGGUGGAAGAACAUUCAGCCCGAGUCGUACCCCAUCAAGGAGCUCAAGGCCAAGGCAUUCGAGCUCAGCGAGGAAAAGUGGUGGGAUUGCCGUGAGGAAAUCAACGCGCUGGAGGAGGAGCAGGAGGCGGCGGGCAUCACCGAGGUCGUGUCGCUGGCCGAGAGGGGCGAUGCUGCCGCGGGCGGCGCCAGGAGGAGGUAG